AUGAUCCUAGCCGACGUCUUCGCAUCUUCAAACUAUGCCCGGGAGUGCGAAUUCUCAACAAACAUCCUCGACGACCCCGUCGUCAUCCAAUUCGCAGCCUCCAACGGCUUCGACCUCGCCAACGCCGCAGAACUCGCAGCGCCCUUUGUGUCGGGGAUCGAUAUCAAUUGUGGGUGCCCUCAGAAAUGGGCGAUUCAGGAAAAGAUUGGGUCGCAUUUAAUGUCGGAUCCGGAGACGGUGAGGGAUAUGGUUAGGCAGGUUAAAGCCAGGGUGAAUGUGCCUUGCUCGAUCAAGAUCCGGAUCCAUCGGGACCUGAGGGAAACAGAAGAAUUCGUCAAAAGAGCACUAUCGGUCGGAGUUGACUUCAUCACGGUCCACGGCAGGACGAAGCGACAAAAGUCCACAGAACCUGUCAGUCUGGAAGGCAUGAAGCUUGUCAAGGAAGUCUCAACCGUCCCUGUGUUGGCUAACGGGGAUGUGUUUACCAUGCAGGAUGCUAAUGAUAUUGUUGCCGCUACUGGUGUCGAUGGAACAAUGUCGGCAAGAGGCAUUCUGGAGAACCCAGCACUAUUCGCAGGACACACAGUAACACCCUGGGAAUGCAUUGAGGACUAUGUCGACCUGGCUUUAUCCUACGGGACAAACGCCUUCAUCUUCCACCACCACCUCAUGUACAUGUUCGAAAAGAGCAUGAGCAACGCAGAGAAGAGGACAUUCAACUCAUUGACGACCACCUCGGCGAUACUGGACUACCUCGAGGAGCACUAUGGACUAGACAUUGCACGGAAACGAGUCGAAAGGGCGGAACAAAAGUUGAAGCGGGAUACCAAUAAUAACAUCGAUAUUACUUCAUAG